UCUCUGGCAAAUAUUGGAUACGGUAUACUCGCUGCUAUAAGGCACCAGUUUAUUCAUAUUGACCCUGAGAUAACAUCACAAACUUCAUUCAAUGACCUCUGACAUAAGCUAGAAUUCCGUAUAUGGACUACCUUUCUCUUUCUCAAUGUCUGACUCUAUGAUGGAUCUCUUGAACUCACUGCAACUGCAACUCUACUUCUCCAUUUUUGAUCCAAGUUCCUUCAUCAUUUCAAAACAGCUAAACACAAAAUCUUCGCUUAGCAGUAACAAUUACUGUUCAGAAUGCUAUCUGACCUUAAGGAAAAGAAUCUAAUUAAAAUGGGAGAACAACCUGACAUAACUACAACCCAACUCGGUAUAAAAUUCGUCAACAAAGUGAAGAAAAAACGUCCAUUGAAAAAACUCGUCAAACCAAAAUAUGUGAAACGAUUGAGUUCAUUUGAGUUGGAAUAUUCCAAAUUAGGAGACAAGCUUCUUCCUGAAAAGAAGUUUAUUGACUACAUACUCGUUCACCCCGAGACAGAACUGGUUAAUGGUAACGAGGAUUGUCGGCAGAAGUUUGAAUGCAAACUUUUAGAAGAAGGUUUCCACAUUGAUAAAGAAGUAAUCAAUGGCAACGUCUACAAAAUCAUCCGAUGUUCAUUCAAAAGGCUGUGUGUCGAAGCUGAAAGGGUGAGGCUCCAAAUGCCCCUGAGUCAGGGUAAACUGGAAAAUUUUGAUGAUCAAAAUUGCUUAACAACUGCUUUGUACAAUUACUUUGCCACUGAUGAUACAAUUGAUUAUGUGAGUGCACCAUUCAUCAUGGAAAAAAUUCAUUGGUUUUAUUGCUAUGAAGAUCCAUCCCAAUUCUUCCGCCCAGCACUUCGGUCACUUUUGACUCAUCUUAUUUUAAUCAGUCUGGAUUAUAGAGACGAGAAAAGCCAUUCAGAACAGGACCAUUCAGAGAAAGAUUUAAGAGGUUUGCUUUAUUUGCUAAAACACGAAGUGUACCAGGAUUCUUUCAUCCUGCACGAUGACAUCGAUGAACUGGAACAGAAAACGGUUGAAAGUCUGAAAUCUUCAGAAGACAAAACAUCCAGUGAUACGAAAAGUGAAUCGUAUGGGCAUGUCUGUGAUUCCCGUCUCACCAUUUCUAAAAGAUGGACAGUUUUCUGGAAGUUUCAACCUCUUUGGAAAAUUCGAAAUUAUUUUGGGGAGAAAAUAGCAUUCUAUUUUGCUUGGACCGGUAUGCUAAUGACUUCGCUCUGGUUUCCGACUUUAUUUGGAAUUUUUAUAUUUUGUUAUGGUCUGAACUUAAGGUGUUCUCAGACUGACCUCUGUAUUGGCCUCAGUAACAGCAGUGGUUUUUAUAAUGAAACAUCAACAAUUGACCAGAUCAAAAGGACUAUGAAUGAUGUCCUGUUGGUGAUCAGGGAAUCUUUUGAUAAUAACAUAACCCCUUACUUUGCCUUAAUCAUCUGUUUGUGGGGCACAAUAUUUAUGGAAGCAUGGAAGAGAAAGUCUUGUGAGUUGGCCCACCAGUGGGACGUUCAUAACUAUGAAUUUCUCGAACCCAACAGACCGGAAUUCAAUGCACCAAAAAUAUAUCAAAAAUUCUACUAUUACCCAAUGUGGGACCGAUUCUUCAAAUAUCUGUGCUCAGGGUCAGUGGUUCUUUUUAUGGUGUGUUUGGUCGGAGCCAGCGUCAUCGGUGUGAUUGUGUACCGUGUUAUUAUGUCAAUCGAAUACAGUGACGAUGUGUCAGAAAUAGAGGGCUUCAUGAUAACCACCAUUGCGUCAUCCUUCCUCAACGCUGUUUCCAUUCUUCUUCUGGGAACUAUUUACACAAAGUUGGCCAACAAACUCACAUGUUGGGAAAACCAUCGGACCAAGUCCAGUUUCGAUGAUGCUCUCAUCAUCAAACUAUUCGCUUUCCAUUUUGUCAACUCUUACAGUUCAUGUUUUUACAUCGCAUUUAUUAGAGGGAGAUUUUUAGAGCAUGGCAUCAUGGGAAUGGGUGCAGGUUACCAAGACAAGUGUGAGGGCAGCUGUAUGUCUCAGCUGUCCAUUCAGGUGAUGAUUCUGAUGCUGACCAAACCAUUUCCGAAAUUCCUGAAGGAUGUCAUCAUACCGCAAGUAAAAAAGAUAUGGCGCCGAAUACAUGCAAAGGGCAAUUUUGAUUCAAAAGUCAACAAUAUUGAUGAUGGCGAAGGGGAAAGCAAAAAAGCUGGUUUGGAGACAUGGAUUCAAGAUGAAGAAGGGAAACCUGUUCUUGGAGAUUUUACAUUGGAGGAAUUUACUGAGAAAACGAUUCAGUAUGGAUAUUUAAUGCUGUUUGCGGCAUCGUUUCCUUUGGCACCGUUAAUUGCUCUCAUAACUAACUUCAUCGACGUGAGAGUUGAUGCCAACCGAUUAUUAUGGACUUAUAGAAGACCUUUAGCAUUCAUCUCUCAGGAUAUUGGUAUGUGGUACCCGAUUCUUAGAUUUAUCAAUACUGUUGGUGUUAUAAGUAACGCAUUCCUUAUUGCCUUCACAUCCCAUUGGUCUGAGACAUUUAGUCUCUCUAAACGGCUCUGGGUUGUCAUCGGAUUUGAGCACAUUGUGUACGGUGUGAAGCUGCUUAUAGAAAUAAUGAUUCCAGACACAACAGCCUACGUGAAAAUGGUCAGGAGACAGAAUAAAAUGAAAGUUUCAGAAAGAUUAAAAUGUGAAACAAAAGACUAUCACAAUAUUGUACCCCAAGAUUCUCACAGAUCCUGGUUUGACUGCAAUGGACAACUGAAGGCAUUCAAAGAACCAAUUCUUGAAGAACCACCAGAAAAAAGGAAUUCCUGUUCUGUGGAGGAUGAGACUUCUUCUCCCAUAGAGUUAUCCCACAGCACAUCGUGUAAUUUAUCGAGUCAGAAACAACAACGGCUGAAGAGAAAAAGCUUGCACACCACAGAGAUGCUGAAUAAACAAAAGAAGGGUUCUGUAGCAGAUGAUGAGGACGAUGGAGAUUCUGAUAGUGCUGCUGCUAAGACCCGUGAUCGUAUUAUUAACCGAAACCGUCCACAUUCUUUGGCAACUGCUGGGUCAAUAUCUUUGAGUCUUGGUAAUCAUCCUGCAAGUAAUUUAUAACAUCAGAUGCUUGUUCAAUAAUACCAACAACAACAGCAACAACAAUAAAGAAUGAUCAUUUCUCAGACGAUUCCUGAAACACGAUGUCACUCAUUGAAAUGAAACAAACAAGAAUUUAUAUUUAUGAACAAAUCGUUUUUUCCUCCACUGGUCCACUUCCAGCUUUGGAUUUCAACCCUUUGAUGAUUCUCUUAGACUACCGGAAUGCAUUAAAAUGUCUUAUUUUUUCAUUAUUUUAUAUUUUAUUACUAAAAAAACAAACAAAACCAUUUAAUAGAUUCAUUCUUUCAUUGUUGACUCUGUUUAAAUUUCACACACUUCAACGUUUGUAUUUAUGGCCACAGCCUCAGGGCUGAAGCAUAUAAAAGAAUAUAAUUGAGUGUAGCCAACAAGUAACAUGUGUCUAUGUUGUUGUUUGGAAAGAUUCCCUAAUGCAGAAUGGACUGAAAAUGUGGUGCAGACACAGACGAAUACAAACAUAAGAGAACGAACAAGAAAAAAAUGUAACUUAUUUGAAGAACAAUUAGAAUUCGUUUCACAAGUUCUGACCUGACUGGGAAACCAUAAUUCCAUCUGUAGAUGAAUGGAUCUUAUUCUCUGUUUUGCAGCUGAACAAAAAGCAUUUGAUUAAUCCGGAAAAUGUCACCAAUGCAUUUUGAGCUAACCUUAAAGCUAUAUUUGUGGGUUUACCACCAGUGAAACUCAGGAAUAGUCUAAGAACAGUAACAAUGUUCAAAUCAUAUUUGUUGUUUCCAUUUGCAAAGUUCGUUUCAAUUCUUCAGGGCAUAUCGCUACUAAAUGCAAAAUUUACCUCAGAGGAAAAAAGACAAAAAUAAAACUCCGAGGUAUCAAAUGAGGCUACGUUUAUCGUUAGAUUGUGGUUGUGCCGUCCUUCACCUAUAAUACAGCUAUAAGUAUAAGACCAUUAUUUAUAUAUAUCUAUAUAUAUAUUGCUUCAUCUUCCUUUUGUGACUACCCCCAGUGACUUCAUCAUCACACAUAUUUAUAAUCCCUCCAUACUACAACUUGCUGUAAUCUCAACUCAGUUACUUUUCUUAAUCUCCUUCCACCAGAAUCAAAAGGAAACAGGAUCAUUCCUCAUUAUAUUAUAAUAAAUAAUCUACUAAAAAUUUAUCUGCUCAAGAAAGACGUCAAAAGCUUCCAUUGCUAUGUGCUGUUUAGCUUUUGAGAAGGUUAAUAAAAUGUAUUAAAGCGAUGCUUAUUUGACGAUAAAUCAUGUUAAUCUUUGUAAUGUUGUUCCUUAUACUAAACAACCUCUCAGGAAAUUGAAUCUUUGUCCAUUCAAAGGUGUAAGGAAUCAUUAAACACUUACUGCCAUGGUAUUUGGAAAAUGCCAUUUUUUUUUUUUUGGAUUGAAAUAAUCAAAAAAAUUUGUAAAAUUCUACAUUUUGUGAUUAGCUCUUUGUUGCUCAGUAAAAAUUAUCUUUAAAAGACUGCAUUUAAAUUCUUUUUGCUGUUCUUAAUCCAAUUGUCUUGCCAUACUUUUAAGAAAUUAUAGAUAUUUAUUUAAGAAUUUUCUUAUCCCAAUGAAAAAAAAGAAGUAUUCUCUAAAAAAAACUAUAUAAAUAAACAUAAGAGCAAAGACCAUGUUCUUGAGCAAGGUUUUUGUUUCUCUUUGAGCUGCUAACAUUUAUACCAUAAAAGCUGAUUAUUGUAAUAUUGAGUAUAUGUAUAGACUAUAUUAUUAUGUGAGUAUAUGUGUGAACCUUUGAGUAUAAAAUAUGUAAUCUUUAAAUUGCACUGCUAACACAGGUAGGGCACAAGAUUGACUUAUAAGUCUUUAAUAUACUUGGCAGUAUAUCAUGGUUGCAUAAUGAAAUAUCGUGCCCCUAUCGGCAAUUAAAAUAAAAGUAUGUAUUUGUGUGUGUGUGAUUUCUAUUUCAAAAUUCCUGUUUCGAUUUUUAUUGAAUUAAUUUUCUUCAAAUUUCAUUUUUCCUAACAAACGAUUCUCUUAAUAAAUAAACGUCUCUUUUGUUAACUUAGAGUGAAUGUAUUUGAGAGAAAGGAAGAGAGUUGUAUUGGAGACAAAUUAAAAGAGAAAGAGUGAGGGUGAAUAAAGGGAAGUGUGAGAUGGGAAAGGUGUGAAAGAGUUUAUAGCUUAUGUGUGUGCGUGCGUGCGUGCGUGUGUGUUAGAGAGAGAGAAAUGAAAAAGAAUUGUCCAUUGAUCUCACUGUAUUGUAUAUUUUGAUCGUUAUUUUUGACUGACCGCUGCAAGGCUUUAGCGAAACAUUAUUGGGUUCUGAACCCCUUUGCAUUUCAGUGUAUUUCCGGACACAGCUAAAUCCCUUCUGUUAUAUUGAUCGUCUGGUUUUGAGAGAAUAAAAUCUCAUCUGUUAUUAUAAACGAA